AUGGAAACUUGGAAGCUAUUUUCUUCGGAUAACAUAGUACAGAAAAUAGUUGAAUAUACCAAUCAGUUCAUUGAAAAAGUAGCUCAUUCAUAUAAAGAUAAAUACGACGUACGUUACACAGAUAUAACGGAAAUCAAAGCACUAAUCGGCCUGUUAUAUUUAGCUGGUGUCCAUAAAGGAGGUCGAACCACUAUUUACGAAUUAUGGGCAACAGAUGGUACUGGUCUGGAGAUAUUCCCAGCAGUUAUGGCUGAAAAAAGAUUCCGCUUUUUGAUAAGAUGGUUACACUUUGAUGAUGUCGAUACACGUGAAGAGAGGAAAAAAACCGACAAUCUUGCACCUAUUAGGGAUUUGUUUGAGGAAGUAAAUGGAAAAUUCAGAAAUCAUUACUCGCCAGGAGAAUGCUAUUAG